AUGGCCAAAGGUGGCUCCGCACAUAAACAACGCAAGUAUGAUGUGGCCAGACUCCAGUCACAGGAGGUGGUCGACCGUUUCCAGUUGGAUCUGCAGAACCGUUUCUCUGUGCUGGCGGAUGUAGACGACGACACAGAGAAAAUCUGGGAGGAUCUCAAGGAAGGUCUAACAAGCUCCGCAACUAAGGUGGUGGGUCACAAAAGGACCAGAAAGAAGGAUCUCCUGUCAGAAGAGACGUUACAAGUAGUUGAGGCAAGGAGAGAAGCCCGUCUGCGAGGGAACCCGCAUCGUGCUCUUGUAUACUGGAAGCCGGUAGACAACAGACUUCUGAUGGCUCGCCUUCGCCACAAGCAUGGCAACAUCUCCAUCAUAGUCGCCUAUGCCCCCACAGAAGUAGCCAGUGAGGAGGACAAGGACUCAUUUUACAUAAAGCUGUCAGCCCUCACAAGUGGUAUCUCAAGACAUGACAUCAUCUGGGUACUGGGAGACCUCAACGCCGCAACAGGCUCGGACAGACGCGGCUUCGAGCACUGUCUUGGCCCCCACGGAGUCGGCGAAUGCAACGAUAACGGCAGACGACUCCUGGAGUACUGCUCCAGCCACCGUUUGCGCACGGAACGCUCCUUCUUUCCCCACAAGAGAAUCCACAGCAUGACCUGGAUCAGUAACGACCACUACACCACUAAGGAGGUGGACCACAUCCUUACCACCUCACGUUGGCACUCCUCCUCGGACUGUCGGGUUCUCCGCAGUGCAGAAUUCGGGAACACGGACCACAGACUUCUAGCCCUGACCGUUGCUCUUCGUCUAGAGAAGACUACAACUCAGCAUAAACAACGCAAGUAUGAUGUGGCCAGACUCCAGUCACAGGAGGUGGUCGACCGUUUCCAGUUGGAUCUGCAGAACCGUUUCUCUGUGCUGGCGGAUGUAGACGACGACACAGAGAAAAUCUGGGAGGAUCUCAAGGAAGGUCUAACAAGCUCCGCAACUAAGGUGGUGGGUCACAAAAGGACCAGAAAGAAGGAUCUCCUGUCAGAAGAGACGUUACAAGUAGUUGAGGCAAGGAGAGAAGCCCGACUGCGAGGGAACCGUGAGGAGUACAGGAGGCUGAACUCUAGGAGGAAUCACCUCCUCAGUAGGGACAAGCAACGGUGGCUAAACAACCUGGCGACUACGGCUGAGACCGCUGCACGCACAGGGAAUCAAGGCACCCUGUAUAAAACCCUCAGAACUCUCUCAGGGAAAGUUACUCCACCCACAGCGUGUGUAAAGGCCCUGGAUGGGUCUGAUCUGGAUACUCCAGAACAGCAGCUGGACCGCUGGAGAGAGCACUUCUGCAACCUGCUCAACCGACCACCUCCACCACCCUCACCACAGUUGGAAUCCCUAGUAGCCGAGGCUUCAGAGGACGAUUCCAUCUCUGCUGACCCCCCUACACAGGAGGAAGUGCUGGAGGCGAUUGGCAAGCUCAAGCCCGGUCGAGCAGCAGGGGUAGACGGCAUCCCACCAGAGCUGUUGCUGAAAGGUGGUCCUGCGACAGUUCGGCACCAGCGCCUGGGGCUGAGGGACGGGCCGGGGAUUGAUGGAUGUAAUGAACGCCGCUAG